UCCACUUCCUCCGACCAGAAGUAGAAGAGGAGGAGGAAAGCUAGGUAGCUGCUGCUGUAGUAGUGUGAGUGUGUGUUUGUGUGUGUGUGUGCAUUGAAGCUGUACGCCACAGUGUCUACAUACAUCGGGCUACUCCGAUCACCCACCGUUCUAUUCAAAACUUCCUUAAGUGUUAGCUUUGUCCUGACUACGAGCCCGUCGAAAGGCGAUCUGUCACCCCGUUGGAGAGUUGCGAGAUCAUGGAUUUUUCGCUGUCUGACGCCCUCGGAGACGUCCCGGGCAAGGCAAGUACCAUAGGGACCAACAACCCGUCUGCCCCCGCCCCCGCCAACCCCGGCUGGCCCGGCGCUGCCCCAGGGGCCCCCACGCAGCCCACAGGCCCCGGCGGUAUGCCUGGCGGCCCACCUGGGGCCCCAGGGCAGUUCCCUAGUAGCCCGUACAACACCGGCCCCCAAGCCCCGGGCCAGUACCCCGGGCCCCCUUCGGUACCCGGGGGGUACCCGGCAGGCUCCUGCGUCCCUGGACAGUAUCCCUCCGGACCCGGAGCCCCGGGCCAGUUCCCCUCGGGCCCCGGGGCCCCGGGGCCCUUCCCCGGGCCUUUCCAGGGGCAGUACCCCGCCGAGGCGGCACCGGGACAGCUCCCCGGAGCCCCGGUCCCCUACCCGUCCGGACCCUUUCACUCCGGCCCCGGGGCCCCUCCCGGGCCCUACCCCAACAUGCCCUUCCCCGGGGGACAGCCCGGAGCCGGGAACGGGAUGUACGGACCGGGGGACCCCGGGGCCUUCCCCCCCGCCGCCGGCCCGGGGCCCUUCCCUGGGUUCCCGGGCGGGGCCUUCCCUCCCAUGCCCCCGGGGACCUGGGGGUCGCCCGGAGGAGGCGGCUUCCCUCCCGCCCCCGGAGGAGGCGGCUUCCCUCCCGGCCCCGGCCCCUUCGGGGCGCCCAUGGGGCCCUAUGGGGGCCCGGCCUCUCCGGGCAACAUGCUGAUGGUCCCCUACGACCUGCCCCUCCACGCCGGUAUGAUGCCCAACCUGCUGAUCACCGUCGUGGGGGAGCCCAUCCACGGGGGGAACAGGUUCCAGGUGGACUUCAUGAAGGGCUCUGACGUGGUGUUCCACUUCAACCCCCGCAUGGCGGAGCAGACCAUCGUGAGGAACACCAACCUGGGGGGCCGCUGGGGCCCCGAGGAGCGGGACGGGGACUUCCCCUUCGCCCCCGGCCGCCAGUUUGAGCUGAAGGUCCUGGUGGAGGAGGACUCCUUCAAGGUGGCGGUGGACGGGACCCACCUGCUGGAGUUUGAGCACCGGAUGGGGGGUCUGGAGGAGGUGACCCUGGUCCGGGUCCAGGGGGACCUGCGGCUCUACAGCGCGGCCCCCAGCAUGAUCUGAGACCCCUACACCCAGAACCCCACCCAGAACCCCCUACACCAGGAACCCCACCCAGAACCCCACCUGAAACCCACCCAGAACCCCUUACACCCAAGACCCCCCAGGACCCCUUCCAGAACCCCGCCCUGCUUUAGUUUCUCCGGGGCUAACCCCCCCAGCCUCACCGGUCCGAUUCUCCUCCGUCAGUGGUGGUUCAAUCAAAGGGCAGUGCUGGGCAGGUGGCUUCUAAAGCAUGAAAAAGCGUAUCCUGUUGAAUUCUAUGUUCUUAUCCGAUUUUUCCCUGGAUCUGGCUGAGCACUUGCAUUCAUCAUGCAUUUAUCAUGCUGGUUUAAGAUGAAUACCAUGAAAUUAGCUGUCAAAGCAUGAAAAAUAUCGAUCAGUAUUUUAUUAUACAUUCAUGUUCAAUUUUGACAUUGAUUUGGCGCCCGCUUGCAGUACCCUCUCGGGCCACCGGAAGGCGGUAGUACAUAUAAGGGAAUCGCUGAUGUAACAGACAAAAUACAAAACACGCACUGCAGCACACACACACACCGCAACACACUGAGGACUCGAGCGUCAACCUCGAGUCCUCAGGAAGCCCUUCUUGUUCAGACCACUCGCUGGUGAAAAUAUACAGGCACAUAUUCAGAGAAAUCAAAAAAAUCAUAUUUUACGUUAGUACUCUGAGCAUCUGAACCACUUUGUGUCUAUAAAGAGUGGCCUGUGUGGUGGUUUGCUACACGAUUAAUUGUAUUAUUUUGUAUUUUAGACUAAAAGACGUUUAGCUGACGGUGACUACCACUAACACGACUAAUAAACUAUCACGACUCACGAAGUAGAUCGAAAGCAAAGAGUUGGGCUGUCUUUCAUGUCUUUCUGUCCGUCUCCAUAGCAACGCACCAGCAGGUGAAUCUUUUGUGUUCACUCUCUGCGGUGCUGAUUGGUCAAAUUAGCCUUUUUUCUGCCUGAUCCAUAUGCAUGACCUUGUUUGCUAUUUGCUGAUAAUUGAUGAGCUGUCUGUCCCGAGACGGGACCACCCAUCAGUCAGGGGUAAUGUGAGGUGUCGUUUCGUUUCUUUUGAAGGGCCCCUAUUUUACCAGCAGGUGUGACGGCCUUUCUAAUUUGACCCCUUUAGUGACAUCACAAGUGGCCGGGUCUGCGCUGGUGAAUAAAUGCAAUUGUAUCCAGUCCACUGGGAGGUGGGUGGUCUACUCAUCAUGCAUACAGGUGGACCGUCCCAUGUGUGCUGUCACUACAGGGGACGCCUCGUCAAGGCUGAUCCGCGUCACACCCUGUGGGGGAGGCCGGGCCUUUAAGCAAUAUUUAUGAGCCAUGUUCGUCCCCUGCCUUUCUUCAGUCCUCUGUAUUGUUUUUGGUCACAUUAAGUUAAUGGUCACGUUAAGUUUUACAGCAUAGGAUUUACGUUUGAAGUGUCAUAAACCAUGAGUAGGUAUUAGAGGUUUGAGAGUGAUGAGUGGAAGGGGUGGUAAACAUUUUCUCGCCAAAGACGGGAUGGUUGUAUUCGAGAUUGUAUGCGUAUAAAUAAAGACAGACAACCGUA